AUGUCGUCGGUUUCUCAUGCUGGCCCCGAUGCCAUGGUCACCAUCAAGGUGACCUUCGAGGGCGUCACUCGCAGGGCAAAGAUGCCUCUGCGUGAGAUGGUCCCUCGCGUUCUCGAGGAACACAUUCGAAUAUUUCUGCAAAUCCCCACCGAUACCAAGAUCAUGAUCGAGCGUUACUCCGACUCUGCCGCUGCCUUUGUCAUGCUAGAUGCCUCCAACAUGCCUGUCUACAAGCAGCUGUAUAGAGCCGCCAAGGCAAAGUCGAAGCUCAAGCUUCGUGUGUCCGUCUUGCCCCAGAGCGAUGCAUCGUCUCCCAAACCCGUCACUAUCGAAGACGCCUCUGAGUCUGCCCAGACCACUCCUAUCGAGAAGCCUGAGCUUGCAUGUGCCAACCCAACGCCUCUCGAUGCAGCCAGCUCUGCCCGCACCACACUCACAAAACAGUACGACUCAAAUCUGUUGCAAGAAGCCGCCAAGAUUAUUCAGGAUCAUCAGGCCGAGUUCCAUAAUCACAUCAGACAGGUCAUGAAGUCGACCGAUGAACUCGCCAGCCUCACUUCCCAGAUGGCCAGCUGCCAGCCAUUCACUACCACAUCAAAUGCUCCUGAGCCGUCCGAGCCACUUUCGCCCGUCUGCCCCGCCACCGGCGCCAUGUUCGCCGUUUGCUGCAACAGUUGUGAACAGAGCAUCCCGGAUGCUCACUAUCACUGCUCUACCUGUGACGAUGGCGAUUUUGACCUGUGCCAGUCUUGCGUCGACCAGGGCAUUACCUGCUACAGUGAUGAUCACUGGCUGAUUAAGCGUAUCAUGAAUAAUGGCCAGAUUGUUAACAGCACAACUGAGACCAUUGCUCCCAAACUCAAGCUCGUGGCCAACGCGGCUCCCAAGGACGACGCAGCCAAGGUAGAUGACUCGGAGAAGGAAAUCUUUCUCCCUGGGCUAUUUGAGAAACAGACCCUUCCCCCAGCCGAGUAUUUCUGCACCAGACUCGCGAAACCCGUCACCCAGCGUGCAAUCGCUCGAUUUGCUGCUGUGGGAAAUAUGCGCACAUGCAACCAGUGCGUUCGAGAACUGCCUGAGCGUGAGUUCCUUCACUGCACUGAUUGUGAGGAUUAUGACCUCUGCCAGCCAUGCUUCGCCAAGGAUGCCCACGGCCACCACCCCAAGCACGCCUUCACAGCUGCAGUGCCAGGCACUGAGAUGCCUACUCACAUACGAGUCAAGAUGAAUUCUGGCCGAAACCAGGUCCACCACGCCAUCUGUGAUGGAUGCGAUGCUUACAUCACUGGGGUCCGUCACAAGUGCCUCGACUGCCCCGACUGGGAUUAUUGCGCCGAGUGCGCCGAGAACGCUCACUUCGUGCACCCGAACCACCGAUUCGCAGCUAUUUAUGAGCCCCUUGCGGAUCUUCACACCUCUUUUCUCUCCCAGCCUGUGCACAUGGGCAUCUGCUGCGAUGGGCCCCUGUGCAGUGCCUCUAAUGCUAUAACCUCCUACAUCCGAGGCAUCCGCUACAAGUGUGCUGUGUGCCACGAUCUCGAUUUCUGUGCCAACUGCGAGGCCAGCCCUGCCAAUGACCAUAACAAGACACACCCACUGAUCAAAUUCAAGACACCGGUUCGUCAUGUCAGUGUCACCACGACUGGUGAGCACCAGGACGGCAAGCGUAUGCCUGCCAUGGGCGACCGAUCCAGCACCAUCUCCAAGGCUACCGAGACCGUUGGUUCUUCAGCCGCCAACGCUGUCAAUGCCGUGCAAACCGUCGUCGAUGUGAAGCCUACUGAGGCAGAUAUCCCACCACCGGUCCCCUCCGAGAAGCCACUUGCCAAGUCUGAGCUUGAUUCUGUCGCAGCUCCACCGGCUCCGACGACCGAAGUCAAGGAUGAGGAGCUUCGUGCUGUGUUCCUUCGUGAUACUGUUGCAGAUGGUACCAUCUUCCCCCCGAACCACGUGUUUGAGCAGACUUGGAUCCUUCGAAAUGAAGGCGCUACUUCCUGGCCCGCUGGGUGCUGUGUCAAGUAUGUUGGCGGUGACUACAUGGGUCACGUUGACUCUUCUCACCCGGCUGGUAUUUCUGAACUUGUCUCUGCCUCUGAGUCUACUAUCUGCUAUGCUCCUCUUGCUCCCGGACAAGAAUACUCAUUCACCGCUCUGCUCCGUACACCGAUCCACUCGGGUAAGAUGAUCUCAUACUGGCGUCUUACAACUCCUGAUGGCAUGCGAUUCGGACACCGUCUGUGGUGUGAGGUCAAUGUUCGAGCGGUUGCCGCUCCUGAAGCCAAGCCACAGGCUCAGUCCUCUCCGACUUCAGUCAAGAACGAGCCCGUUGGCGAGCCCAGCCAGUCCAGCAGCGUAAUGAUCUUCCCCAAGCUCGAGAAGGAAUCACCAAGUGCCAGCGUGCACGAGGAUGCCGAGACCGAGAGUCCUCUUGCUUCUGCCGAGGAUGGCUUUGGACAGUGUGACGAGGACGAUGAGUGGGAUGCUUCUGAGGAUGGCUUCCUGACAGAUGAGGAGUACGACAUUCUGGAUGCUUCAGACGAGGAGUUUCUGGAAGAGCAGGAGAAGAAGCUUUUAAAGAAGUAG